AUGGCAGCCCUAAGCUGCCAUUUUCAUCUUACUAUUCAUAAAGUUUCUAAAAACGUAACAACCAGGCCUUUUAUCUCCUGCUCAAUGCAACCUUCUCAGAGUAACAUUAAGGUAGUUAUAAAUGGAGCAGCAAAGGAAAUAGGAAGGGCAGCAGUAAUUGCAGUAACUAAAGCAAGAGGAAUGGAGGUGGCAGGUGCUGUGGAUUCCCAUUUUGUAGGAGAAGAUAUUGGAAAGCUUUGUGACAUGGAGGAACCACUUGAAAUACCAAUAAUAAAUGACCUUACUAUGGUAUUAGGUUCCAUAUCUCAGUCAAAAGAAACUGGAGUAGUUGUUGAUUUUACCGAUCCUUCCACAGUUUAUGACAAUGUGAAACAGGCAACAGCAUUUGGCAUGAAAAGUGUGGUGUAUGUUCCUCGGAUUAAACUGGACACUGUCGGAGCAUUAUCUGCAUUCUGUGACAAAGCCAGCAUGGGUUGUCUGAUUGCACCAACUCUGUCCAUUGGUUCUAUACUCCUUCAGCAAGCUGCCAUUACAGCUUCCUUCCAUUACAACAACGUUGAAAUUGUUGAAUCAAGGGCAAAUCCAAUAGAUUUUCCAUCAAUGGAUGCUGUUCAAAUUUCAAAAAACCUCUCUAACCUGGGUCAGAUUUACAACAGAGAAGAUAUAUCAACCGAUGCUGUGGCAAGGGGUCAAGUUCUAGGAGAGGAUGGGGUUAGGGUGCAUAGCAUGGUCCUACCAGGGCUUCCCUCUAGCACAACUAUUUACUUCUCUGGCCCAGGAGAGGUUUAUUCUAUCAAACACGAUAUCACUGAUGUGCAAUGCCUCAUGCCUGGCCUGAUCUUGGCUAUUAGAAAGGUCAUCCGAAUCAAGAAUCUAGUGUAUGGCCUGGAGAAAUUUUUGUAA